GAAAUUGUGGAAACAUAAAUCCUUUAGAGUCAUAGCCUCGCUUGUCUGAUUGUGUCAUAUCCCACACUACGGGUGAGUCAAUAAACUUGUAUGCCUGUCAAUCCACGUCGAGUCUUUUCACCCACGCAGUUCAUUCGCAUCUUCGUCAUUGUGAACAUAACGACUUACAUCUCCGUCAACGCAUAUCUGAGCCACAAGAACGCUCAAUCCCCAAGACUGGAAGACCGCCACGAUGCCGAAGGGCGAGAACACAAAGAAAGUGGCCGGUAACGCACGCAAGGCCGAGGCCGCCGCCCAGAAACAUGCCGCCGCAGAAGCCAAAGUCGGUGCCGCCGAAGACGAUAAAUGGUCCAAAGGCUCGAAAGAGAACAAGAAGAAGGAGGACGCUGAACGUAAAGCCGCCGAGGCCAAAGCCAAGAAGGCCGAAAGAGAUGCGCUACUAGCAGAAGAGGAGAAGGCGCAGCGCGCCACACCCAAGGGAGCCAACAAAAAGACCGCAGAAAAGAAGAGUCGGGGCACACUAGACCUGGGUCAACUUGAUGGCGAGCCCGGUGCCGCCGACAAAACCAUCAGCGCCAGUGGAAUCGACAAUGCCCUCGACGCACUCAGUCUGACGACGGGAACAGCCAACGACCUAAAAUUGGACAGACAUCCCGAGCGGCGGUUCGCGGCGGCGUAUAAAGCCUACGAGGAGCGCAGACUACCUGAGAUUGCCGCCGAGCAUCCCGGUCUACGGAAACAGCAGCGUGUCGAGAUCGUUCGCAAGGAGUUCGAGAAGAGCGACGAAAACCCGUUCAACCAGACGGGCAAUGUCAGAUAUGAUGCGAGUAGAGAUGAGCUGGCAAACACGAGGAAGUCUGUACGUGAGGGCGUGGAGAAGAGGUUGGGCGAGAAAUGAACAGGACAUACUGGGCUUGAUUCUUCGACUGUGGUCUAUUCAUAUACAGACAAGUAGAGAAGGGUGGGCUGGCUCUUGACAGUCCUGAAGCAACGCAUUUAAUGAAGGAUGAACGAAGCAUUAUGUUAGGACAUCGACGGCAUGAGGGUUGACAGAGCCGUUCGAUAGUCAAUGUGCAGAACGCCCUGUGAGCAGGAUGGGAGGCACACUCCGUGCUAAGCAGUCUUUUCAGGA